UCCUAACAACGCAUCCAAUGGACGGGGCGUGUGUGCGCCUGAGCAGACGAGUUAUCCUCCUGCACGUGUGUGUCUGGAGCUGAUACCUUUAAACGCCCCCGUGAAGUAAACACAACGCUCUUGUUUUUGCCGGGAGGACCACCAGCAGACCUCGAGAGCCUCAUUCUGACUUGCUUGACAAAAUGGAAAAAAUACCAGAUGACUCGUUUGCCUUUUAUUUUUUGUUUCAACUUUGCGAAAUGCUGCAAGACGUGCCUUGACGUCUCAUGUAAAACAAGCACUAUUGCUCUCUCUCUCUCUCUCUCUCUCUCUCUCUCUCUCUCACACACACACACGCUAUUAGCUUAGUCAUUAUUGUACACAUAGCGGGCCACAAUUCAAUCAAUAUCUCGCGCUACUGGAGAUGUGGGCGCGCUGUGCUUUACAUAAUCAGGGUGGUUAAUAGAGAGGUCUGCAUUCAUAUCGCGACAGGCAUUAAAGUGCAUUUAAGGUUGUCGUUUUUUUUGCGUGUUGCACUUCAAUCUCGUAAUCAGAAGGGCCUCGGCCUGAGCGCGGUCAUUGCGCGUGGAUGCGUGUGGACACCGUUAACCGACGGCGGGCCGCGGCGCGCUCUGCACGCACCAGGCCGCCAUGAGCCUUGUUUUUGCUUUGCAACACCGCGCAGGACCGUCCGGGGACAUUACUCUGCCCAGAGAAGAGACUUCAAUCUUCAUGACGCUCCUGUGUUUUAAUUUUAUUUAUUUACCGUUUUAUGUUCCGUUUACAACACGAGAGGUGCUGAAAUCAGUCACGCGCGGAGACGCCAGUUUGAAAUGAGAUAUAUGGGUCAUUGGCGCGGCCCCAUUCAGGUGUUACCCGUCAACAGCCACUAACCUCAGUUGUGCAGUAAAGCCCAUAACUUCUGAAUUAUGUGUUUUUUUCAGGAAAUAUGUUCAUUUGUUUGAAUAAUGUGAGUUAGUUGAUGCACUUUUUUGUAGUCAGUGCCAUUUAAAAAGUUUGGUUAUCUUAUAAAACAUAGUUUGCCACACACACACACACACACACACACACACACACACACAGCUAAAUACUAAACUCCAUUGUAACUUUUAAUUUGUUUUAAUUCAUUUUAGGAACACAACAGGUGUCAUGUUUCUGUUGCUUUAUUUAGCUCUGCCCAGUUCUCAGCAUUGAAUGAAAGUGUCACUUCCUCUGCACCCCCACGUUUAAUUGGUAUCACCCACCAACUCUCACAUGUCCACCUAGUUCUGCUGAGAUACUGGCAGAUAUUCACGAGGCAAUACAAGGCAGAGGAUACACAACAUACAUAUAUUUGAAUUCAUCUACAGAUUCAAAUUAAUAUCGUCAUUCCCAACCCUACAACCUGACCCACCCACCUACCCAUUGUAGGGUUACAGGCUACAUAACAUACACAUUCAGAUAAACUCACAUAACAUCAAAUAACUGCAUUAAUCGGCUGACUGCGCCUGCUGUCGUUCUCCUGAAUCAGUCAUGAACAUAUAUUAACGUCGGCCUCCACAGCAGGCAUGGCCGAUGCAGAGAUUGACUUCCAGACGGGUGAUGCCGGGGCCUCCGCCACCUACCCCAUGCAGUGCUCUGGCCUGCGUAAAAACGGCUUCGUUGUGCUGAAAGGCCGACCCUGCAAGAUCGUCGAGAUGUCCACCUCCAAGACGGGCAAGCACGGCCACGCUAAGGUCCACAUGGUUGGUAUUGACAUCUUCUCUGGUAAGAAGUAUGAAGAUAUCUGUCCUUCCACCCACAACAUGGACGUCCCCAACAUCAAAAGAAUGGAUUACCAGCUGAUUGGGAUCCAAGAGGGCUACCUGUCUCUGCUCCAGGACAGCGGGGAGGUGAGAGAGGACCUGAAGAUUCCCGAGGGAGACCUGGGCAAAGAGAUAGAGAGCAAGAACGAAGCCGGAGAGGAGAUUCUGGUCACUGUUCUAAAUGCAAUGGAUGAAGAAGCUGCGAUUGGCAUCAAAGCCUUGGGUAAAUAAGCCACUGCAGGUAAAUACAGAGCUCUCACCGCCUGACCCCAGCCAGCCUGAAGAGGAGUGUGUGUGUGUGUGUGUGUGUGUGUGUGUGUUACACCACAAGCCACCAGCAUGUGCCAUGCCAGUGCAAGUGUGUGUGAUGUCGUGUAAAUGCACAGUUUAAUGUCGAUCGUUGGACCGAGGGAAGGCAAUUCCAGUCAACAAGAUCCCAAAAAUGCAUAUCCACUGUACUGGAAAUAGCCAUGUUUUCCAUGUUAUUGUAUUAUGACUGUUGUGUAUAUAUACAGUGUAUUUGUUUAAACUGGACAUACUAGUGAUCAGCUGAAAGAUUUCCAAUUGACGAGAUGUUUCUGAGCAGUGUGCCACUGUGGUUUGCCCUCAACUGUCUCAUGUUAAAUCUAUUAUGAGCAUGUGUCUCAUUUUUUAUCGAAUAUAAAUGAAAGCUGACGUUUCACAUUGUAAUUUUUAUGCGGCAAGCACUUCAUUUUACAGCCUGAUCUAUUCUGUUGCUUCCUUUUAAAAGAAACAGCUUGUAGCAUCGUUGUGUCUAACUUGUUUUAUGCACUCACCUUCAAACUGUUGACUGUAGAAGUGUCCGCACACACAUAAUGUGUUCAAAACUGUCGGAUGUGCAAUGUUUCCUCUGCAGAGGCUAGUUAAGACACGGCCUCAUUAAAAUAUAUAUUUUUCCU